CGUUCCCCGCCGUCUGAGCAGCGGAUCUCCUCCGGACCUGCACCAGGAUUUAUUCAUUUCCUAAUCAAACUUCGCUAAAAGCCGCCGCGCUCCUCCCAUGGUGUCCCCGGGAGACUCCCCGGCACUCACUCGACUUUACGGAAACUAUCGGCGGCCGUUUUGGGGUCUUGGAAAUCAUGGAAACGUGGUUUUUGAAUCACGUCCUCGGUUUGUCUCUGUCAGUCCUCCUGCUGGGUCUGCCGGGGCCCCUCGGGGCAGGGACCCCCGGUAACAGCAGCGCGGAUCCGGUAACGGAGGGAUUGUUUUAUUCGACAGAUGGACUGAGCACCGUGGAAAACAAUGCAACUUCAACUUCAUACUCCAGCGAGAGUUUGUCCCCAUCACAGAGGAGCCUGCUGCUCACACACACCGCCGAGACACACGCUGCUACCGCUGCAAGCUUCGACGCUGAGCAGACGCAAACCUCCACAGAAACAAGCAGCAGGACUCCAGAGGCCAUAAGUCUGUCUACUGAGCCACUCACCUCCACCCUUGUAACCCCCAGUGAGGCCAGUAGUAGUAGUAGCAGCAGCAGCAGCAGCAGCAGCAGCAGCAGCAGCAGUAGCAGCAGUAGCAGCAGUAGCAGCAGUAGCAGUGACUGGAAAGAUUUUACUAACACACACCAGAUGCCAGGCACCUCUCAUGCUGUGUCCUGGGAGGCCAGGCCCCGGAUGUUUACAGAUGAUGCCAGCUUGCCACAGGACAGCCCAGACGCCACGCUCAGACUGGGGGAUGCUACAGCUCUGACGUCGCAGACAGCCGUCCACACCGACAGCACCUACACCACCACCAUCGGACGAGCCGGGGAGAGGACCCUGCUGUCUGUCACCUCCUCCUCCAGCAACAGCAGCACAUCUGCCUUCACAGAAGACUCCAACUCCCAUCAGCCUCCCUCCACAUGGGUCAUUCCUCCCAGGCCUGCAGAGACGGAGGACUAUACCCACAGCGCCUCGUCCACGAGGAGUGAUGGAAGGGAAACAACGGACAAGCACAUGACCAACUCCUUCAGGGGGGUCUCUUCAGAGACUGGGAGCCCCGCAGGGUCCAGUGGAACCCAGAGUUUAACUGGACAGCCCAGUUCCAGCCAGCACGAGCAGAUGUCAACAUCAGAGGAGACUUCUGACUCCACGCCGCCUCUCAGGGUGACGGAGCCCAACACCGACCAGUCUCAAGUGUCGGUUUCCUCCACGCCUCCUUUCACCCCGCCUGCAGGACGUCCUACCAACGUCUCAGGGACCGAUCAGGGGUCGGGCUCCAGCGUUGGAACUUCCACAGAGUCUUUCACUGGAGCCCACAGCUCCAGCACUGAGAACCAGGAGGGCACCGAGGGGCUUUCAUCCCAGACAGAAGAUAGAAGUGUGGGCUUGGGUCUGACUGCAGCGCCCUCUACUGUCAGCAGCAGCAGCACAUCUGGAAUGGAUGACGCUCUGACAGAGACGCCGGUGCUGCUGACUGAGGCCUUCCUCACCACAACACCUGUGACUGUUACAGAACGACCACAGAUAACAGAGGAGGACACUUCCUCUGUCUUCACCACCACCAACACCACCACGGCCACCAUCACCUCUGCUCUAGCUGCGACCUCACCCUCGUGGUCGAGCAGCUCGUCCAGCAGCUCUACUCCAGAGCCUCCUACCGACGCCACCAUCCCAUACGCUGCACCUUCCACCCCAGCCUCCACCACGGUCCUGCAGACGUCCGGAGCUCACCCGACUCCCCAUGUGUCACCGAGCCAAACCGAGGGGCCUUCCACCGGGGUAGCCACCCCGACAAAAGUCGCCACCGUGCACGCUGAAACAAGCGCAGGAACUCAGAGAACCACAACAGCUCGCAGCCAGCACGUCACCACCAGCUACACCCGCAGCAGCCCGACCAAGAGCACAGAGGCUCCGCAGACAACGAGGCAACAGACAGACGGAGAAACUACAGAGCUGGUGGCGACAACAUCGUCCGCUGGUGUCCAACCCACCAAAGUACCACCACCACCAGGAGACCCCUGCGUGUCAAACCCUUGCAUGAAUAGAGGGAUGUGUGUCAGCUACAAAAGGCAUCAGUUCACCUGUCACUGCCAGCAGGCGUGGACAGGACCGAACUGCACCGAGGAUGUAGAUGAGUGUGAGCACGACCCCUGCCCCGUUGGAUCCAGAUGCGUGAACACACGAGGCUCCUUCAGCUGCGAGUGUCCGCUCGGCUUCGACCUGGAAGACGGGCGCACAUGCACCAGAGCGAAGAUCUUUCUGGGAACCUUCAGCGUUUAUAGGCUGCCACAUGACAAGAGAACCACCUUGCAUGACAUCCACAGAGAGAUCAUUCAGCUGCUCAAUAUGUCGUUGUCAGUCCUCCGAGGCUACGGUCGCUCAACGCUGAGUGAGAAAGAGGAGGACGGGGUUCGUAUCUUGGCUGUCAACAUGUUUUCCAUCUCCACUGAUGUGACGACUGCUGAGGUCUACAACAGCAUCCAGAUGUCUCUGAGCAACUGCAGCUCCUCGUUGGCCCACUGCCGGAUGGUCCUGCACCACCAGCUCACGUACCACAUGGAGAGUCUCUGUGUGGCUCAGAAGACUCAGUGUGAUACCGAACGCUCCACCUGCACAGACAACAGCGGCACAGCGUCCUGCCAGUGUCUUCCAGGAUACUACAAGCACAAUCCUGAGGACUUGUCCUGCUUAGAGUGUGGAGACGGCUACAAGCUGGAAAAUGGCACCUGUGUCCCGUGCAUGUUUGGAUUUGGAGGAUUCAACUGUGGAAACUUUUACAAACUGAUUGCGGUGGUGGUGUCGCCUGCAGGGGGCGCCCUGCUCCUCAUCCUCAUCAUUGCUCUCAUUGUCACCUGCUGCAAGAAAGACAAAAACGACAUUAAUAAGAUCAUCUUCAAGAGUGGGGACCUGCAGAUGUCCCCCUACGCAGACUUCCCUAAAAACAACCGCAUAUCCAUGGAGUGGGGCCGCGAGACCAUAGAGAUGCAAGAGAACGGCAGCACGAAGAACCUGCUGCAGAUGACCGACAUUUACUACUCUCCUGCUUUGCGUAACUCGGACCUGGAGAGAAACGGCCUGUACCCGUUCACAGGGCUGCCGGGAUCUCGCCACUCGUGCAUCUACCCCGCCCAGUGGAACCCCUCGUUCAUCAGUGACGAUUCACGGAGACGAGACUACUUCUGAGUGUCCCACCUUCAACACACACACACACACAUACACACACACACACACAGACACCCGCUAAAACCUACCAUCUUUUAUACUUACACCUGAUUUGUCGUGAGGAUUUUCCGUCACAGUGACAAUGCUGACAGACGUUACAUAAAUCUGCACUGUUUCUGAAAACCCAUUUAACUACCUGCAGUCAGAACUGCAAACUACACAUGUAAAUGUGUGUGUGUGUGUGUGUGUGUGUGUGUGUAUAGGGGAAGUACACAUUUUUGCAAGUAAAAUGUGUUCUUUUGUAACCAUUUAAGUGUUUUUGCAUGUUUUACCUCAUUUCCUUCAAGUCAUGUACACUCGACGUUGCUUUCCAUGCGGCCAGCGAUUUGUUUCAGUGUGUCAGUGAUCCGUAGCAGCAAACGUCGUCUCUGCCUCUCCUGUUGUCGGACUUGUGUUGCUGCCGCCUGGUAAUGCGCUGCGGAUGGAAAUAACCUUUCCUACAUUAAUGCACAGUAAAUAAAAUGAUGUUCCCGUGGUGCUCACCAGGAAUGGCUGACAUGCGUUAGACUAAAACAUGCAAAAACACUGAAGUUCCUUGAGUGCUGAAAUAUAAAUAUGUGUGUGCCACUGCUGUGAUCUGAAAAUCUUCUUAGAGAAUAAAGUCUGGAUGGAACACGACGAUAACGAACCACUGAAGGAUGCACAAAAUUUGGUUCCGUGCCAAUAGAAGCUGAGGAAAGACGUUUUUAAAUCAGAUGUUUAUUUAUUCCACGUAUGGCCAAGCUGUUGACAUGUAGCAUAACGGACAUCUCAUACAUACACGCUGACGGACUUUAGAGGGAUGAACCUGUGGCUUUAAGUGUGUGUGUGUGUCUACAUAGUGUGUGUGUGUGUGUGUGUGUGGGAGAGAGAGAGAGGACGAGUGUGUGUGUUUGUUAAAAGUUGUGGAGGUGUGUGUGUGCAUGUGAGGAAUAAUUAUCUGUAUACCGGAAUGAUCAUAACUGUUUGAAUGUAAAGAUGUAUCAUAAUUAGCUAUUUCUCUCAUGGAGUGUUAUUUUUAUGUGAGUGUUUUUCCUCCUUUGUGUUUAUAUGGUCUGUUGAUUCUGGCGUUUUAGUCAGAUGUGCUAAUUUAAAUAAAAAAAAAUUUUGCACAGCA